CUGCAAUGAGUGGGCUGGGUUUAGAGGCAGAGGGUUGGGUUUAGAGUCACUGGGCUGGGUUUAGUGUCAGUGAGUUGGGUUUAGAGUCAGUGGGCCUGAGGUAAUUCCGUUCACAGAAGGGAAGGAGAAUGGCGUUAGCUCGCACUGUGGUAUCUGCUGCCUGGCUGGCCAAGGCAAUCAGCAGCGCUAAGGCCGGACCGUUGCGGGUCUUGGACUCCUCCUGGUAUUUGCCAAAAAUGCAGCGGGACGGCAGGAAGGAGUUCAAGGAGAAGCACAUCCCCGGCGCUACCUUCUUCGACUUGGACGAAUGCAGCGACCGCUCCGCCCCUUACGACCACAUGAUGCCCGGACAGGAGCUUUUCUCCCGAUACUUGGCCAACCUGGGCAUCUGCAACGACACCCACGUCGUCAUCUACGAUGCCAGCGAUUUCGGGCUGUUUUCUGCCCCCCGGGUCUGGUGGAUGUUCCGGGCUUUCGGUCACAGCCGGGUGUCGGUGCUGGAUGGCGGCUUUAUCAAUUGGCGCAGGGAGGGUCUCCCGGUCACUUCGGAACUGCAGGACUACCCCGUGGCUGAGUACAAGGCAAAAACCAAACCCCAGGUCAAAAGUUACCAGGAGAUCCUGGACAACAUCCAGAGCAAACAGUUCCAGCUGGUGGAUGCCAGGCCUGAGGGCAGAUUCAAAGGCACCGAGCCUGAACCCAGAGAAGGUAUUGAACCUGGGCACAUCGCCAAUAGUAUCAAUAUCCCCUUUAAUACCUUCAUGGAUCCAGAGACUCUCAGGAUGAAGAGUGAAAAGGAGCUGCAGUGCUUGUUUGAGGAUCACAAUGUCGACCUGAAGAAACCACUGGUAGGAACCUGUGGCACCGGGAUCACUGCCUGCUUUGUUGCCCUUGGUGCCUACCUCUGUGGGAAAGAAAAUGUGAUGAUCUACGAUGGCUCCUGGCAAGAGUGGUUCACCCGAGCUGACCCCAGUCACAUUAUCUCGGAGAGAAAGGAGAAAGUCAAAUAGGCAGCACUGAAAGCAAUGUUUAAGAUUAUACAGUUCCCAUUGUCAAGAUUAGUAGAUAAUUUGAGAGUCAUUCUUAUGUUCUAUUUGACUAGCUAAGGAAUCUAUCUUUUAUUGUGUUGGAGAUAGGAGCCAAGCAGCUACUGUAAAGGUUUGAUCUGUUCCCUAUUUGAAGGGCCCUCUGCACACUUAGCAAGUGUUCUUCUGGCUAUUGAUGGCAACAACAGGUGUAAUCCUCUUUUGUGAUGUUGUUUCAGUCACAAUUGAGUAUUUCUCAAGUGAUUUGCCUGGAGACUCGACCUUUUUCACAAGAUGCAGAAGGGUGGUCUAGAACAGCUCUAAGUGCUGAGUCAGUGUUAGAAUGGUAAUGGGAGAUGCAUGACCAUGAAGGGAGAUGCAUGACCAUGAAAGGAAAUGAAGCCAUUUCUGGGGAAAGUUUGUCACUUUCCAGAAUCAUUCACAGUUUUGUUUCUUGUCGUAUUUGUUUGGGGCACUACGUUGUCAUUUCCUGAAGAUGCUGGACGUGCUGAGGCUGAGUGUCCACUGAGUUUCAAAAUGUUUCUCACAGUGAUUUACUCCUUGAAUGCAGUGACUGCUCUGUGUAGCCAAGAUUUCAAAGUGAGACCAGAUGGCCUUUGAUGAGUAUAGGAUGUCAGAGUUGAAAUAAGUCUGGUAUUUCUUCCCUUUCUAAGUGAAAAUCUUUAUUAUUGAAUCAAAGUUCCUCCUGUUAUUAACAUUGUAAACUUUAAACUCUCUCAGCUUAUACAACAUCAUUUGUGGAUUAGGAGUUAUUUUACUUAUGCUGCACCCAACAGUGUGAGACAAAUGAAGGCUAAACCCCUGUUCUAAGUCAUGCAACUGAAAACAGAAAACUUUCUCCUCAGCAUGGAAGAAAUUUAACAGAAAGAGUAAUACUUGGAUAAACCCUGCGUCCUGUCUGGAAUUGCUUCAUAGAUUCUGAGACUAGCUUCAGAGUGAAUGUGUAUCUCAUCUCCAGUUCUGAGUUGUUAAAUUGGGAAUGCUCCGAUGUCAAUGAAGUUGACAGUAAAGUUGGUCUGGAUUGCAGAAUAAAUAGCAUUUGUAUUAAAUCUGGAGUUUGCAUGCAGUGGCCAAUUCCUGGCAUUGCAAUGAAACCUGUUUCUUUCAAUAACAUUCUGAACAUUUUCUAACACCCAUGUUCUAGCUAGUUAUCAAUCUUUGUACACCCAGUACAUACCAAAUGUGCCUCUCAGUUUUCCACACAGGUCAAGUGUGCCGUAAUUCAGAUUUAGGAGAUGGAACAUUGUACAAAAAAAUCCUUCCCCAUGUGCCUUACUGCAAUUAAAAGAAAUAAUGCUCCAGGAGUUGGCUACUUAACACUGAAGUAAUUUUUGCUACUGUAACAAUUUUCCCUCUGGCUACUUAAAAUGUUUUUAAUUAAAAUCUUAAGAAGAAUUUCAAAGGAUUUGUGAGACAAAUGUGUUAAGCUAUCUUUAGAGCACCUUAUUCAAGAAGAAAUGCGGGGAUUAGUAUUACUACACAAAUCUGAUGAAUUGUUUAAUGUACUUGAAAAUACAGAGUAAGUAUGAUACAAUGAGCAAUAUGAAGUAUUCAUUCAGGUCUGUAACAGACAAGCAACUGGGUUUGCAGCAACAGUGCAUGGCACAGCAGUGUUGUGGCUUCCUUUCCCUGAGGUUUUCAGUGUUGCACUCUACAUUCAGUGUAUCAGUUGCAUGUGUCGAGAAAUUCCUGUGCAUUACAAUGGGGAAUGUGGACAAAAAAAAAUAGACAGUGGAAUUUUCACCAAUGGAGUCUACCUUGGUUAGUGGGCUUGGCUGUGGGUUCAACUUGGGGAGAAAGUGAGGUCUGCAGAUGCUGGAGAUCAGAGCUGGAGAUGUGUUGCUGGAAAAGCGCAGCAGGUC